UGCAGAGUGACUGAAGUACAUGGAAAAGUGUUGGCAAUUCUUCAUCUAAAUAAGAGUGUAAUUCUUCUUUGCAGAAAUGGAUCCAUCCAAGGACAACAGACCCAUCACCACACAUGUGCUGAACACAGCAGACGGGGUCCCUGCCACGCGCAUGGCACUCAGUCUACACAGGCUGAACACACACAUGAUGAUCUGGAACCUUCUGGCUGUGGGAACAACGGAUGAAGAGGGCCGAUGUGCAGGGCUGAUCAGUGGCGAAAACCUGUCCCUGGGCAUGUACAAACUGCGCUUUGAGACUGGACAGUACUGGGAGAACUUGGGCCAGACCUGCUUCUAUCCCUAUGUUGAGUGCGUCUUCUCCAUAACGAGCCUUGAACAGCAUGUUCACCUUCCCCUGCUUCUGAGUCGGUUCUCCUACAGCACCUACAAGGGGAGCUAGAGAACCCAGGGGUCCUAUACCCUGGGCCAAGAGUCUGUCUGCUCCUGCUGCAAAUCUGUCUGUCUGCCUGCCACCUGUACAUGAUGCAGCUUUGUUGUAAUGGAGUAAAACUCAAGUAGGCUAUUUAGUCCAAAAAAGGCUACAAAUUUCAGUCAAAACGCCUACACUUUUGUGAGUUUU